AUGGGAACCAGCGAGUUAUGGGAGAUAACAAAUCAACACUGCGAAACGAAACGGCUUUUAUUUGACCAAUUCGUAGGUGAAUAUCGCAGAACUUGCGGUAGAUCUCCUAGAAUUGCGAUUGACGCCUUCCAAUGGCUUUUCGAAUGUGGAUUUAUAUGCAAUUCUUCAAAUAAUAAUGAACAUGAAGGGUUACCAUGCACCAAUACUCAAAAGGCAACUUUAAACCUAGUGAGUAAAUUGAAGUACUUUAUUUCAUUAGAUUUGGAAUUCGUGCUAGUGUUUGAUGGGCCAGAGAAACCUGCUUACAAAAGAAAAAUGGGAAAGAAGAAGGCUCCCUUACCUGCUCCAAAUCGGGAAUUCUUACACACAGCAGUACAGUGGCAAAGAACGAACGAAGUUGAUUCUGCUGUAAUAAUGGCCAUUGAUAUAUGCGAGAACUUUAAGGUCGAAGUCAUAAUUGGGAAAGGUGAAGCUGAAGCUGAAUGCGCUCGGCUGCAAUCUGAUGGAGUUGUCGAUUAUGUGCUAAGCAACGAUUCCGAUUCUCUGGUCUUUGGAGCAACGAAAGUUUUAAAGAAUUUCUCAAAAUAUAGGCAAGAUUUACCUAGUAGUGGUACAAGCCCAUUGCGAAAGCGUUCUUCAGAUUUCUUCGUAACGGUAGUUGACAUCGACGAAACUACAAGAAGAUAUCCAACAAUAAAUCGUAAGGCUUUUAUGCUUUUCACAAUACUAGUUGGAGCGGAUUAUAACACUGGGCUUCGACAUUUAGGAUUGAAAAGGGCGUGGUCCAUCACCCAAUGGGCAAAUGGUCGUUUUUCGAGCCAUCUCUGGACAAUAUGUCCACAGCUGAAGGAGGAAAAUACCGAAGGUGAAUCUUUUUACGAUCAGUUUAAACUAGAAUUAAUUGAAGAAUGUCAGAAAAACGCAAAGCAGAUCUUUGGGCAGAAUUUACACGUUUUCACCAGGUCCAGUGACACUACAGUCUUUAAUUGGCCAUCGAUUAAUGCAAUCCAAAGUUAUUAUGAUCCGAAGGUGCAUAAGAUCAAUUUUGGGGGACGACUUUUUACAAAGGGCAAUAGUGCAAUGGGAAAGUUUCAGCCCUUUUCAAACUUAUACAACCUGCUUUUGGAUAAUCGGAUUCACAAUUUAUUAAAGGACUUUAAUACGUGGUACCACCAAGUGGUACAUACCUGCGCAUUGUUAAAAACGAUACUGUACGACGAUAAUCAAGCAACUGGUAAUAUGAAAAUAACUGAAACGAAGGUCUUAAAGUUUAACGAUGAGUACAAUAUUCCUCUAUGGAAAGUAAGAUACAAGACAUUUCUGCUAGAUUUCAAUAAUUCACCAACACAAAUAGAAGAAACUUCACCGACUAAAAAUUCCCCUAGCCGGAGGCAGCUAUGUAUUCGAGAGUAUCCUUAUUCACAAUGGCUAUUAAAGAGUAUGAUCCCGGAAGAUCACCCUUUAACUAGAGAAUUUCGAGAACUAGAACAACGGGAGUCUCUUGCAAAAUAUUCCAGAAAACGGUCUCCGACGCGACAACGAUAUCACCAAGAACAAACCUUGGAUAGCUUCAUAAACUCACAGUGCUCUCCAAUCAAACGCCGCAGGUUGCUAUUGGCAUCUGAAUCACCCGACAACAUCAUUAAUAUCUCUGCAAGCUCUUCUGACGAUUCUAUAACAAUUUUAGACAUGAAAACCCCAGAAAUUCCCAAGUUGUCACCUUUACAAAGACCGCAUCCACACCAGAAUCCCUUACAAGAAUCGCCAACCAUAAAAACAACACUUCACUACAACCAUCGCCUUAGCCCCAAUUCUGCCCCCGCUCAGAAGAGAGAAUGCAUAAACCUGCCUGAAGCUCCCCCCCACCCCCUCUCUCCGUCAUCCCUAAGCAAAGAACUUGCCCUGACCAAAUUGAAAGAGCCAGAACGCAUCCGCGUAUGGUUCACUACUUUCUUCGAAUACGCCCAAGGAAACUACAUGACUCAGCAAGGGAUUUGGAAUAGCUAUAUGCAGUUCCAAAAAAACACCCUACAACAAAACGAUACAAUUCUGAGCAUCCAUGACUUAUCAAAUAUUCUAGACGGUACGAUACCCCGUAUGUCCAUCCAGCACCAUUGGCGUGGCAAAUUUGACUGCGUGUUUUACGACAUACGCCCCAAGAAUACUGUGGUUGCUCCACACACAGCAACCGAACCUCCAUGUCUUUUGCAGAACUUGUCUCCCACUCGCCGCAAGCUGACCUUUGACUACGCUACGAGUGACACGAUGACUGGCUAG